AUGGCCACCGCCAGGGCUCCGAUUCGGCCCCGGGCGUGUUCCUCCUCCGCACCGCGCGCGCACCACAACGAGAAUAUAAAAGAGAAGGCGAGGUGCAGACGCCAGUUAUGCGCUGACCUCCAUCCAAGCAGCAAAGGAGUAGAACAACAGCAGCGGAUAAAGAGAGUCAUUUUCAUCCAGAGAAGCCGUCAGCUUUCAUGCCAUUCGUGCAAGACGGCCGAUGGAUCUCCGUGGGUUUGGUGGUGCAACCAGGGCAACUGCGCUAGGACGGGCCGCGACGAGGCGGUUGCCCUGGUAGGCUCGCGCUUUGACUCGCACGACGAGUGCUCGUUGCUAUGCAGCCAGCCGGCGGGGCCGCUGUGGCCCAAGCCCACUGGACAGGUCACCCUGAAUAACUCGCUGCGCCUCAUCAACGCCAACGCCAUCAUGUUCGUCUCGAUCCAGCCCGGCCUCCUCGAACAGAUGCAGAACGUUUUUCGCGAGACGGUCAAUUUGUUGGCGUGCGACCGGCCCACCAGCUGUCCGGCCCAAGAGGAACCCACCAGCGACACGCUCGAGGUCAAGAUCACCGUCGAAGACCCCACAAUCGGACACCUUGAGUGGGGCACUGACGAGUCUUAUUCGCUCAAGAUGGACAGCGGCACGACGGAGGGAGGCGUGGUUACUGCGGAGAUCAGGGCAGCCACUGUGUUUGGCGCACGACAUGGAUUGGAGACUUUGGCACAACUUAUGACUAAGGGCGGAAGUAGCAGUGGGUUUUUCUAUCUCCUUAGUGGCGCUGAGAUCGUGAACGACAAGCCAGCGUUCACGCAUCGUGGCAUUUCACUGGACACGGCGCGCCACUUCAUCUCCCUGCCUGCGAUAAAACGCACGCUGGACGUAAUGGGCCGAUGCAAGCUGAACGUGCUGCACCUGCACCUGACCGACUCGCACAGCUUCCCGCUGGUGUCCAAAGCGGUGCCCGAGCUGUCCACGUGGGGAGCCUACUCGGACGCCGAGACCUACACCCUGGAGCAACUGGCUGAGCUGUCCGCCUAUGCGAUGGCCAGGGGAGUGAGGCUCAUCCCCGAGCUGGACGCGCCUGCCCACGCCGGACAGGGCUGGCAGUGGGGCCCUGAGAAGGGAAUGGGCGAGCUCGCCGUCUGCGUCGGGCAGCAGCCGUGGCGGCAGCUCUGCAUCCAGCCACCCUGCGGGCAGCUCAACCCCGCAAAUCAGAAUGUCUACGCCAUCUUGGGACAGCUCUACAAGGAAAUGUUAGAGGCCUUCGCUCCUCACGCAGACACAGUGUUCCACAUGGGCGGCGACGAGGUGUUCCUCGAGUGUUGGAAGCAGGCGAACAACGUAACCGAUUGGCUGGCCACUCAAAGGACGCAGAGGCCCCUGUCCGACCACGAUUACAUGUGGGCGUGGCAGUACUUCCAGGCUAAGGCGCUCAAGGAACUGGACCAGGCGUACAACCAGACAAACAAAAAGCCGCCAAGUGUGAUUCUCUGGUCGAGCCAGCUGACUGAGCCCGAGAGCAUUGCUGUCACGCUCGACCCCGCCCGCUACGUCAUCCAGACCUGGGUGCCCGCCAAUGAGACCCUGAACCAGGAUCUUCUAAGCCGCGGAUACCGAAUUAUAGUCAGCAUCAAGGACGCGUGGUACCUGGACCACGGAUUCUGGGGCAUCACCAAAUACGCCAAUUGGAAGAAGGUGUAUGAGGCCAGGGUCCCUAUUGAGGCUCUGGGCGGCGAGGUGGCUUUGUGGUCAGAGCUAAUAGAUGAACGCUCCAUGGACGCAAUUUUGUGGCCACGAUCAGCGUCGCUGGCUGAAAGGCUGUGGAGCAACCCGAGUAGCAGUAAAGGCGCCCUUCGCAGACUGCUGCGAUGGACAAGGACGAUUUACAAGUACAGAGGAAUCCAGGCCUCCGCCAUCACGCCGCAGUGGUGCGAAAUGCACGAGGCCGAGUGUGACUAAUCGGCGGACAUUAAUUUAUAUCAUAAGUCAUUUUUUAAUGUGAUAGAUGAAAGCAGCAAAGAUCUAACUUCUGUCCAUCACGCGAUAGAGUGAUUAGAUAAAAUUAAAUUUGAUAAGCUUACCUUACAUGGAAACACCAAUUUAUGAAAUCAUGAUCCAAUUUGCUUCUGGAUGAGCUCCUUGACCUGGCUCACACUCAGUUUUCCUCCAGAAACGACCAAGACUUUUUGUCUUGACCGAGAACCCUGAAAAAUAUGAAAAUCACAUACUGUCCUGUUAGUUAUGUCUAUUUUAUUCAACUGACCCUGUCCAAAGUGACGUCGCUUUUUCUCAAUCCAAGGACAGAGGCCACGUACUUAACAAUUUCACUGUUGGCUUCACCAUCGACCGGAGGAGCUGCUAUUUGGAUUCCUAUUCCCUCAUCACUUAUGUCUGCAACACGCGGAAAUAACAAGAUCCCUUACAACCUUGUCAAUCAAUAUCAAAUUAAACCUGUUUUAUUUGAUUCAUAUUAAUAGAGUGCAAAAUCUACCUACGGUAGAUACAUUUUUUGUAUUAAAUAUGAUCAACAUUACAUAUCUAUA